UCUCACACGCGUCAAACAGGCGCUACAGACCUGUCCGAAGGCGCGCCAUAUAAUCUAUAGCCUUCAGGGUUAUUGCACUCGACCAAUCAUUGGUAAGAUGGAAAAAGAUUAUUGGGCCAUUGACUUUUACGCAUCCAAGAAGACGCCAGUGAGGACAGUUAGAAGAGUAUGACUUUAGGCUGGGGGCUACAUCAAUACGUGUUAGAAGAUUUUUGGUGUCACCAGCGGAGCGCACUGAGCCGAUAACCAGAAAGAGCCGCGCGUCAUUGAGUACCACACUACUUCACACUAGAACUUCAUUCACCGACGAGAUCUCGACGUAUUCGACGGGUCUCACCUCUUUACAUGUUCCUCUUCGUCGGGUGACUCACUUGUAGCUGUUCUCCGUUCGGCUCUCGCGCGCUGCGUAAUUCCACGGCUUGGCGCGGAGCGCAGCAUCAUUCGCAUGGAUUUUCGUCGCGUCACUGCGUUGCUUUUUGCCGGAGUUGAGUUGAACUGUAUUGAGUAGUAUCUGGUGGGAUGUAGCUUUUGAUGAAUACCUCGUCUAUGACAAGUUUAUACGCGUUUGAAAAGGAACUACGACUGGUUAGUAUAUGUAUCUGUCAUUUAACUAAAAAAGGGAUUUAACUCAUAUUUUGGCGCAUUUUCGUCCACUUUCCUUGAAAACAACAAAAAAAAGACACUUUGGAGGAUUUUGUCCUUUUUUCCCCUUUCCAAAAAUGAUCCUGGUGGUCUUGAAUAGGAUCUGAUAUAGGCUACGAAUACUUGCGUUUGCCAACGCACGAGCCUCCUCUCUCAAUGCAUUCCGUAGGACAUAAUCACAUUUCAAGGAAAUAAGCAUCUUGAAAUCCGCACUGGGCUGUGAGUAGAAUCUAAAGAGAUCGGGUGCGUAAAGGAGGAAGAAAAGUUCCGUUUCAAACCACGACUGUGGAAUAAGAACCUCAGCGGUCUGCGUUUAUUGUCUGUUGAAGAUUCGAAUGAAGAAGGAAAUGCAGAGAAUGGUCCAUCUCGGGGAUAAAACCCAUCUAGAUGCGUAUUGGCUGAAUGUGAAACCCCAAAUCAGUGUUGUUGAAUGCCAAGAAUGACACGCAAAACCAGGGAGACGACGAAUUAAUUGAUUUAUCAGCAGGAAAAAGACUUGGUAUACAUCGUAUUUUGACGAUGCGGGGCAAGAAAGCAUCGAGAUAUCUGUUUUAGUGGCAAUCGUCCAUAUGAUGGCAUUGACAGGAAGACCGAGUGGAUAUACAGGAGCGAAUUUCUUCUCAUAGAAGCUUGUGAAUGCAAAACUGCUCUUGGAUAGCUUGGAUAGCCCAGAGUACACGCUGAAAAAAACAUUUAAUUCGCAUCGCGCUUCAUUGCUUGAUAAUUGCGGAUGGAUUUUGGUGCUUUGGAAGCGAACGGGAACGUCUGCGAUUUGAACGUCACAUAUUGAGAAAGGAGUGCAGUCAUGGCCACUGAAGCGUGCUGUGUUCACCCCCUCAUCGUCUGGCACUUUUUCCCUCCAUCGUUCUAGAGGAAACAGCAUAAAGAAGGGAAGGUGAAGCCAGCUAGAGAAACCGAGUGUGAAGAUGUCCAGAAACUGCUGGCACUGUGGAAGACUUGGCAGUUCGGCCUGAUAAAACCCUUCCCAAAGAGUGGAGAACCUGUCAGCGAAUUAUGAAUGAUAAACAAGAUGACCUCAUCCCUGAUGCAGCAGACGAUGAGAGGUCCUAGGUGGAACCGGGCCCUGUCCGACCCAUUGUUCGUGCUGUCACUGGCCCUGCAGCUUCUGGUGGUGGCUGGCCUGGUGCGAGCACAGACCUGCCCCUCUGUCUGCUCUUGUAGCAACCAGUUCAGCAAAGUCAUAUGUACGCGACGUGGCCUUCGAGAUGUACCCGAUGGUAUUUCCACCAACACAAGGUACCUGAACCUUCAGGAGAACCUCAUCCAGGUGAUCAAGGUUGACAGCUUCAAGCAUCUAAGGCACCUGGAGAUCCUGCAGCUUAGCAAGAACCACAUCCGCAACAUUGAAAUUGGAGCUUUCAAUGGGCUGGCUAACCUCAACACUCUGGAACUCUUCGAUAAUCGUCUAACCACAAUCCCUAAUGGGGCUUUCGAGUACCUGUCCAAACUUAAAGAGCUUUGGUUGAGGAAUAACCCUAUCGAGAGCAUACCCUCUUAUGCCUUCAACCGUGUACCAUCACUGCGAAGGCUGGACUUGGGCGAGCUUAAAAGGCUCUCAUAUAUCUCAGAAGGUGCCUUCGAAGGCCUCAGCAACCUACGGUACCUGAACCUGGGCAUGUGCAACUUAAAGGAGAUCCCCAACCUCAUUCCUCUUGUCCGAUUGGAUGAGUUGGAGAUGUCAGGAAACCAGCUGUCUAUAAUAAGGCCAGGGUCUUUCAAAGGCCUCGUCCACUUACAGAAACUGUGGAUGAUGCAUGCGCAGAUCCAGACGAUUGAGAGAAAUGCCUUCGAUGAUCUUCAGUCCCUUGUAGAGCUCAAUUUGGCCCACAAUAACCUUACCCUCCUGCCUCAUGACCUCUUCACCCCACUACACCACUUGGAGAGGGUACACUUGCAUCACAACCCCUGGAACUGCAACUGUGACAUCCUCUGGCUCAGUUGGUGGCUAAAGGAAAUGGUGCCAGCCAAUACCAGUUGCUGUGCCCGCUGCUCAUCACCUGCCAGCCACAAAGGGCGCUACAUUGGUGAACUUGACCAGAACUAUUUCCAUUGUUAUGCACCGGUGAUUGUGGAGCCACCAGCAGACCUGAACGUGACUGAGGGCAUGGCAGCAGAACUGAAAUGUCGAGCAAAUUCUUUGACCUCAGUCAGCUGGAUAACACCCAAUGGGUCCAUCAUGACACACGGGGCAUAUAAGGUGCGCAUUUCUGUGCUCAACGAUGGGACGCUAAACUUUACCAAUGUCACAAUGCAGGACACGGGAACAUACACUUGUAUGGUGAGCAACUCCGCAGGCAACACGACAGCCUCAGCUACGCUCAAUGUGUCCUCGACAGAGAACAGCAGCUUCAGUUACUUCACUACAGUUACGGUCGAGACCACAGAAGCGGCACAUGAUGAGGGCCACCCAACGGUACAACAGAAGAGUGGCCCUACUCCUUCUUCUGGGAUUUGGGAGACUUUACCACCUUCCUUUACCACCACGACCACAACAGCACGGACACCACUGUCCACCAAGGCCACCGACAAGACCUACACCAUCCCAGUCACAGCCCUGAUUGAUGGCUCCCUCAACACCUUGGAUGAGGUCAUGAAGACCACAAAGAUCAUCAUUGGUUGCUUUGUGGCCAUCACCCUGAUGGCGGCCGUCAUGCUGAUCAUAUUUUAUAAAAUGCGCAAACAGCAUCACCAGCAGAACCACCACGCACCGGCGCGAACCAUUGAGAUCAUCAACAUGGAUGAGGAUUGUGUAACAGGUGGACCUACCAUGGAGGGCCACCUCACCCUGCCUCCACUGGAGCAUGAGCACCUGAAUCAUUACAACGCCUACAAGACUGUGUACAACCAUGCCUCCACCAUCAAUUCUAUACACAGCUCUGCCCACGAACCUUUGCUAAUUCGGGCCAGCUCAAAAGACAAUGUACAAGAAACCCAGAUCUGAACUGCUUUUCAUAAUGUGGAUUAAACAAAGAAAAAAAGACUUCUAAAACUCUUAAGGAACAGUAAGUGACAUAUCGAUUUUGAAGAUUGUCGAAACAAAGACACAGUAGACUGAUGCAAGACGUAUGAGAAGGAUGUUGACAGGUACAAAGGGACAUUGGGAGUGGAGUGUACGUCAACCGUUUCAAAAGUGUCUUUACAUAACAGAAGUUAUUUAUUUAAGGAAAAUAACUAUUGUGGUUUAAUCAAGAAAAGAUGUAAUCUGCAAUUAUUUUUCCAGCAAUUAUUUCUCCAUGUUUUCUAAUGUUAUUUUAAGGGAUGUUGGUUUACUAAUAUGCUUUUAAACUCUGUUUAAAUCUGUUGUUCUGUACGUGACGACCCAAGUCAUUUGCAGAUGAAUCUGAAACUUUCCAUCUUUCUGAAAUCUCAAGAUUCACAUUUAAUGUUGAUACGUUUAAAAUCUUAGGUUGCAGAUUUUCAUAUUAGAAAACUUCCAUACCAUAACUGUUUAAACUGACCACAUUAUUCAGUUGUCCUUGCUGAAAAAGAAGCUCUUUAAACUAUAUUGGUCCAUCUGUUAGUUGGUUUUAGAGGUGUUUUGGGCACUUUUCAACUGGACGGACUGGAAGACAAGCUUUAAAACAGCUAAUUUUUCAACAGGGAUGGCUACUACAAAUUAUGUGCAGAUGUAUGCCUGGCUUCUCCACCCUUAAAAUUUAGAACAAGGAGCCCUGGAAACGUGUCCCAAUUAAAACCGGGCCAAAUGUCAGGAACAAAUGUCUAUUUGAUGCAUGCAGGGCAAUUUCAAAUAAUUCCUGUGCUUGGUCCAGAAGAUUUAUGGAUUAAGUUAGCAUUUGGAUGCAUCCCACAUGACCUUAAAUACAUGUUGAGUCAUCUCAUGCUUAAAAUAAGCUUUAUUUAAGUCCUUAAACUGUUUUCUGCAUUUUUUUUCUCAUAGCGUACAACAACUUGGGUUCCUGUGGCAGUUCAUACUUGACACCAAACUAAAGUACCCCAAUACUCAGAUGCAGCACACACAUUCUAUGCCAAAUUCUAUAUGGGCAGGGCAUUGAAGAUUGUAGACCUUUAUUUGAAGUGGGAAAAACAUAAAGCUGGUACUGACAUAGCACCAUCUCCAUUUCAAUCCACUUGUCUUGGUGCUCCCCAUGGAUACAGUUGAAUGAAAUCAUUCUGGAAUGGUCUAAAAGCCAGACACAGAACCCUAAAUAAGUGGGCAAAGUCAGUUCAGCUCAGAUCUAAGGCUUCCAAAGAUGCCACAGGUGUGUCUAUAGAUUCUGUGAACCGAUUGUGUUUUGUUCCCUCUCACUAGUUCUUUUUUCUUGAAUUCUUUCAUAUUCUAUCUUCCAUCAUUCCGCGCUGUCAAUCUUUUUAGGCAGUUAUGCAAUUCUUUUUAAACUUUUAAAUCAUAUUCAGUCACUUAUUUUCGGUACAGACUGGGGAUGAUACAUCCAUCUUCGUCUUUACACACACAGUAGCCUCUGGCUGCAGGGGGAAUGACUUGACAUUAUGAAUUAAUUUAUGAAAUAAGAAUGGCCUUAGACGGUCACUAUAGAAACCAAUGACCUUGGACAGGGUGGGGAGUAGCUGACAGACAUUGGCUUGACACUUUAAAUGUAUCCAGAGUCAAAUGGGAGAGCGAGGCUAGGAGAAAGAGCCAAAGUGGACUCAUUUGAAGUCAUUUAAUCUAUAAAGCAGUCUACAGAUCUAUAGGUAUUUUGAAUUAAACCAAUAAACCUGUGACAUUUUAUUCAGAUUCUUAGCGUUUUGUUUUUGGCCGUUCAUAAUUCAUGCAAUGCACACAGGGGACUAACAUGAGGAUUUUUCUCUUGAUUUUUCUCGUGUCUGGUCUUAAUACUGAUGCAGACUGAUACCAUGUGGCAUUUGGUGAACUUUUCCGUAUCAUAUUUUGAUCACACAGCAGAUGCACUCUGAUUUAAAAAAAAAUCCAAUGCAAUUAGGCUUGUCAGCUUUGCUAUUUCAGAUCAUUACGAAAAAGUUUUUUGAGCAUACCUCCUGCCCACUAGAAGCAAAGGCCAUCUGGUACAUUUUCUAAUCAAGAUAUCAAAGUGUGCAAAAAAAGACUGUUUUUCAUCUGAAUAUGCUGCUCUUUCGAAUCUUAAUUAAUUUUCUUGUCUUUCUGUAUUUAGUUUGCGUUGUCACUGAAAUUGAUGUCAAUCUGAACAUAAAGCUAAAAAAAAAAUCCUUAUCGUCAAUGGAGUUUAGCACAAAAGUAAACCAAGUCAUUGGGUUUUCAGUUGCAUUUAUAAUUAUUUUAAGGAAUAGAAUCAUUGUCUUAAAUUGUCAUAAUUUAUGGAAAAGGUCUGUCAUUUUUUAUAAUAUAAUCAUUUUUUUAUUAUAAGUUUUGUUUUUUGGCUUAUUGUGAUUUUCUUUUUCUGUAUGUUUGUUCAGUCCCUUCAUGCAAACACAUCUGUGUUUUGUGUUUCAGUUUAGGAUUGAACAAGAUGCUUUUCUCGCUGUUUCACGUAACUUCUUUCUUUUCGUCUCUGAGAGGGAAUGGUGUUCUAGUGGUAGAUUUCUAUAAAAAUAAAUUUUGAAAAAAAAAAAGAAAAAAAAAAAACUUUUUAAAUUUUAAUUUUACAUGUGCCAACCUGUUCUCAAAGAUUAAAAAAAGAGAGAGCGUGAGAUAUGCUGUAAAAGACGACUGGAUUGAUUUUCAUGUAAACAUUAUUUCAUGAUCUUUAAAAAAAAAAAAAAAAAAAAAAAGAUGGAAAUCGAUUAUAGAAAUCAGAGUUUGUAGUUCAUACACAAGAUAAGGUUACAAAUAAACUAUCAUUGUCUUUUCUC